AUGGGUCACGAGUUUUACUUCGCAGCCACCAAAAUAAUCGCACACGCCGGAAACAAAACAGGCCGAGAAUUUAUUGAAGCCUGGGCCUCGGAUGAGAACUCAGUCAAUCGAUUUAUCGAUCUGGUGCCGGCGUACAGAGCCUGCGUAGUCAGCUCGAGUCUUGCGCAGUCGGCCGAUGAUUGGCCUGCACGCCAUAUGACUGUCGCUUGUUCUGCUGCUGCUGCUGCUGCUGCUGCUGCUGCUGCUGCUGCUGCUGCUGCUGCUGCUGCUGCUGCUGCUGCGGCUGCUGCUGCUGCUGCUGCUGCUGCUGCUGCUGCUGCUGCUGCUGCUGCUGCUGCUGCUGCUGCUGCUGCUGCUGCUGCUGCUGCUGCUGCUGCUGCUGCUGCUGCUGCUGCUGCUGCUGCUGCUGCUGCUGCUGCUGCUGCUGCUGCUGCUGCUGCUAAUACCUAUGAAGAUGGACUCUUGCACGAGUCUGAAAGCUCAGGACAAUAA